GUGAGGCGGGCCUUCCCAAUGGGCGCGCGGUGUCCUUCCACCGCCAGCGAAUCACGCGCGCACGGCCCAUCGAAUUCGAAUUCAAAAUCCGCUCCGGCAGGGAGGUUCAUGUGGACUGCUUCGUGGAGUCGUCGCGUGCGCGUUUCUUUACACCGCACUGCGCGAAUUUUCUACCGUUGCGGGAGCGGAAUCGUCUUCGCGUGCCGCACUUGUGACGUGUCUUCGCAAGCGUGUUCGGCUAUGGACGGUGGCGGAAGGGUGGACGCGGAAGUGAGGACACUGUCACACUGUGAGAAGACCAUGGUCGCCAGUGCCGUCCUCGCGGUCUGUCGGUACAUGGAGACGGUGAACGGACUGCGGCGGGGGGGGGGGGGGGGGAAGGGGAGGAGGGAGGCCGCCAUAGCCCAGGCAUUGGCAGAUGUUAUCACGUCGUCCGGCGUGUCGGAUGCGCCGUUCCUGAUGUCGAACGCUAUUAUUGCGGGUGUUCUGCCAAGGGACACUCCGCGGUGGUGGAUGAAAAGAUGGACAGGGGGGACAUGGCAGGACUUGGACAUCACGGACGAUGCCACCGAUGACUAUUUCCACGACAAACUGCGAAUGUCAAGGAGCAUCUUCAGCAACAUCGUCGCAGCGUGCAGUCCCUUCAUCGAACGUAGACUGACACAUUACCGAGAGCCUUUGCAGCCCGACCUCAUCGUCGCCUUCACUCUGUACAGGUGGGCUUCGGGCGAGACCUUCGAGAGCGCGUCUUCCAGCUUCGGCAUCGGCAGGGCGUCGGGAUUGAAGGCUGUCAUGGACGUUACUAACGCAAUAUUGUCUGCGUAUCCCGACAAGAUUGCCAUGCCUACUGGACGUCGUCUGCUGCAGGUGACCCGAGCUUUCGGAGCGAAGGGCUUCCCUAAUUGCUCUGGCGCUAUUGAUUGCACGCAUGUGUACGUUGACAAGCCCGCCAACGCACCGUCGGAGAACUACUACGACCGUAAACAACAGUUCUCGGUCGUCGCCCAGGUUGUGGUGGACCUCGACAUGAGGAUUCUUGAUGUGUUCAUUGGGUACCCGGGGAGCGUCCAUGACCAACGGGUGUUGAGAAACUCAUCUCUGUUUCGAUACGCGGAGGUUAUCUCCUCGGGGAUAACGGCUACUCUCCAAGGACGUGGAUGGUCGUCCCCUACGGAGGGUGCGAGCAGACGGGGGAUCAAGAGGGCUUUUGGCCGGCUAAAGGGGAUGUGGAGGUUGUUCCUCCGUCACCACAAGACGAACAUGGACAACCUUCCUCAACAAUUCACAGCUGUCUGUGUAAUCCACAACCUUCUAGUCGAGGCUGGGGUACCGUUUGAUGAUGCGGUCCUGCUAGAACCUGAUGAGAACGGGAAUCUCGUUCGUGUCGAUCUAGGGUUGCAAGAUCUUCCACGGCCCGUGUCACAAUCAGACGCAAGUGACGAUGCUCUGGCUUUGCGUCACGGUCUCCGUAUGCGAAUGCAAUCUUGAAAAUCCUGAUACAUGCGCUGUCAUGUGGACGGCUGUUGGUUGUGAUUCGGACUGCCCACACGUCUUCGCAUCUGUGUUCCUACCUUAGGUAUUAGCUGCCGCCAGUUCAUCCUUCCCCGAACGGGAAAGCAAUCAAUGCCGGUUGGCGAG